UGUGUGUGUGUGUAGGUUGGAGGUUGCAGUGGUUACAGCCUGUCUCAUGUAUCAGUGUACAGCGGAGCCUUGAGGCAGCUGCUCUCUGCAGGUUUGAUGCCCCGUUCAGAACCUGGUUACUUGCUCUGAAAAUGACCCUGCCUAUCCGCCGUGCAGGAAUGGCCUCUACUGGGAACCUUUCUGAAGAGCAGGUGCACUGCUCCAUCUGUCUGGACGUCUUCACUAACCCCGUGUCCAUCCCCUGCGGACACAACUUCUGCCAGGGCUGCAUCCUGGGAUACUGGAAAACCUGCCCUUUGUUCCAGUGCCCGAUGUGUAAGAAGUCCUUCACCAAAAGGCCUGAUAUUAGCAUCAACACGGUCCUGAGGGAAAUCGCAGAGCAGUUCAAGGAGAUCAGGGUUCGAAGUGCGGAGGAAAAGGCGAGCGAAGAAGAAGAGAGAGAAAAGAAGUGGACGAUGGAAAGAGGGAAAAGGGAGGAUGAGCAGAGGCUUCUGGAGAAAGGUCAGAAGCAGCAGUUACUGGAGGAGCUGAAGCAGAAGCAAGAGGAGGAGAGGAGAAAGAAAGAGAAGCCAGGAGAGAAAAAGCCUCUACUAGAGGAGCUACCGCCGCUGAUCCCCCCUGUGUCAGCACCCAGAACCUCUCCUCCACCGUCACCCCAGGCCACAGCUCAUCGGCCACCACCGCCGCCUCCUCUGCCCCAAACAUCACCCCCACCUUCCCCUCAAAUCCCUGCUUCGCCAUCUCCUCAGGCCUCCCCUCCGCCUCCCUCCUCUUCCCUCCCGCCUCCCUCCUCUUCCCUCCCGCCUCCUACCUGGGAGGAAGUCCUCUGUGAUGUCUGCCUGGGGGACGGCAGGCCAAAAGCGAUCAAAUCCUGCCUCGUGUGUCUCACUUCCUACUGCGAGGAGCACCUGACGUCUCAUUCCGCCAGGUUCACCAAGCACAAGCUGAUAGAGCCCGUUGCCAACAUGGAGGACCGGAUGUGUCCGAAGCACGAAAGGCUCCUGGAGCUGUUCUGUAAGAGGGAUCAGACCUGUGUGUGCGUGCUCUGCACGGAGACGGACCACAGGGCGCACUACACCGUCCCCGUGGAGAGAGAAUGGACAGAGAAAAAGGCACAGCUGAAGAAGACAGAAAUAGAUGUCCAGCAGAUGAUCCAGGACAGAGUGACGAAGGUGGAGGAGAUCAAACACUCUGUGGAACAAAACAAAGCCAGUGCUCAGAGGGAGGUGGAGGAAAGCAUGCAGGUCGUCUCGGAGCUGGUGCGCUCCAUCCAGAAGAGUCAGGCCGAGCUGGUUUCGGUCAUAGAGGAGAAGCAGAGGCAGACGGAGAGCUGGGCCCAAGGCCUUAUCACUGCACUGGAGCAGGAAAUCGCUGAGCUGAAGAGGAGGAAUACAGACUUGGAGAACAUGGCUCGGACCGACCACAUUCACUUCUUAAAGAGCUUCCCAGCCCUAUGUACUCCUCCCUGUGUCAAAGACUGGUCUGAGACCAGUGUUCCCACUGACAUGUGUGUAGGCAUGAUCAGGAGAUCUGUGUCCAAACUGAAGGCAACGUUGAAUGAAAUCAUCGGCAAACUGGCUGAAAGUGAGAUCAAGAGGAUUUUGAAAUACAGAGUGGACGUCACUCUGGACCCUGACUCAGCCAACCCGUGGUUGCAGCUUUCCCAGGACAGACAUCAGGUGAGACACCUGGGUGCAUGGCAGGACCUCCCAGACCACCCGGAUCGCUUCGACACAGUGGUCAUCGUCCUGGGCCGUGACGGCUUCACCUCUGGGAGACACUACUGGGAGGUCCAGGUGGGGGACAAGGACGACUGGUACAUGGGCGUGGCCAGGUCUUCUGUCAACAGAAAGGGCAGGAUCUCUGUAAGCACGACCCAGGGCUACUGGGCUCUGGCCAUGAAGAAAGGCCAGGGGUACCGGGUGUCAACAUCCCCGCCUAUAACCCUCCCCCUCGACCCCAAGCCCAAUCGAGUGGGUGUGUACGUGGACUACGAGGAGGGGCAAGUGUCCUUUUAUGAUGUAAAGGCUCGGACCCAUAUUUACACUUUCAAAGAUACAUUCAUCGAGAAGAUCUUGCCCUUUUUCUACCUGUACUGCUGCGACAAAGCCUCUGAUACCAUCGUGAUUUGUGCUGUAGAUGAGAAAAGUCUGAUCAAGCAAAAAGAUUCCAUCAUGUCAUCUUUCAGUGGCCUUGCUUCAUUUCCGGAGGAUAAUCUCCAGUGUCCGAUCUGUCUAAACGUCUUCAGCGACCCGGUCACCACACCUUGUGGUCACAACUUCUGCAAGACCUGCCUCAGCCUGCACUGGGACAAGAGUGAUUUAUGUAGCUGCCCGAUGUGCAAUAAAAGAUUCCACAUGAGGCCUGAGAUCUCCACAAACAUGGUUAUGGAGAAGAUUUCAGUCCAAAUGAAGAAGAGGAAAGUUGAGACACCUGAAAACACUGUUGCACCGGGGCAGGUGAAGUGCGAUGUGUGCGCAGACAUUAAGUACAAGGCCCUGAAGUCCUGCCUGGGGUGUCUGACGUCGUACUGUGAAGCCCACCUGGAGCCUCAUCUGAGAGUUCCUUCCCUGAUGAGACACAAGCUGAUCGACCCGCUGGAGAACCUGCAGGAGAGGAUGUGUGAGAAGCACGAGAAGAUCCUGGAGUUUUUCUGCAGGGAUGAGCAGGUGUGCAUCUGUCUGCUGUGCAUGGAGACGGACCACAGAUACCACGAGACUGUGUCUAUUGAAGAAGAAGGGGCUCAACAGAAAGAAAACAUUGAGUCCAAGAAAGCAAAGAUCAAAUUGAUGAUUGAUGACAGAAUGGAAAAAAUAAAGGAAUUCACAGACUCUUCUGAAAUUAGCAGAGAAAAAGCAAAUAAAGAGGUAGAUGACAGUGAUACGCUCUUCAAUACUCUGAUGAAUCAUGUACAAGUGGCCCAUACUAAGCUAAAAUCAAAUAUCAAUAAUAAGAUCCAAAAAUCCCAAGAGAGAGACAAAGUGAUGAUUGAGGAGCUGCAGGAGGAGAUCGCCCAACUGCAGAGGAAGAACUGUGAGCUGGAGGAGCUUUCACAAAGUGACGACCACCUUCACCUUCUGCAGACUUUGCAGGCCCUGAGCACCAUAUCAAACGCCAAGGACUGGUCUAAGAUCAGGGUUUACCCAGACCUGUGUGUGCAGACGCUCAGGAGAGCCAUGACUCAUCUUGUGCACACUUUCCUAUCAGAACUAAAAACCCUGACAGACACGGAACUGACCAGGAUGAGACAGUACAAAGAGUGUGUCACCUUUGACCCAGCCACAGCGGGUUGCCGCCUUGUGGUGUCUGAAUAUGGGAAACAUUUAAAGUACUACAAAACUGCAAGCCCCUCAUCGUCUGAUGACAUGGAGAGGUUCGACUGUCCCAUGGUUUUGGGGACGAAGGGCUUCACCUCUGGGCGUCACUACUGGGAAGUCCAAGUGGGCCUGAGAACUAACUGGGACGUCGGUGUUGCAAAGGAGACGGUAAACAGAACAAGGGUCACGCUGACAAAAGAAAAUGGCUUUUUCGCCAUAGGAAAGAGGUGUUCUGAAUAUCAAGUUCAUUGUACACCCUACACAGUCCUCCACCUGUGUCCCAGGCCAACACGUGUAGGCGUGUAUGUGGACUAUAUGGAAGGCAGAGUCUCUUUCUAUGAUGUCGAAAGGAAGAUGCACAUUUAUUCUUUCACAGGAGAGUCUUUCACAGAGAAGAUGUUCCCAUACUUCUAUCUGUACAGCUGGGCUAAGAAAUCUAAGCCUUUGGUUAUAAUCUCAAUGUGAGAUGAAGCAUUUGUUCUUUCUCUCAUUCGCUCCCUCCAAAAGCCUAAAGAAUAACGGACCAGAACAAUAACACAAACUAACUAACCCAUCGAGGCAG